CUUGAAACAUUCUUAUGACGCGCCCUCUUUUCUUUAUGUUUGUUAUAUCUAAUCUCUCAAAUGUAAUGUAGCAAUAGCAUUGCUUACGUUAGAUGAUUUCUCUUCAUUUCUCUCGUCGAUCUUCCAUAAUCCUGAUAAUUGUUAUUACGGGAAUAGUUAAGAAGAGUACUAAUUUACUUCGCAAUGCAAGUGUCAAGUCCAUAUUUUCUAAUCGUCGGUUCUGAAGAUACGUGAUAUAAACAAAUAGGGUUCGCUAUUCCAUUUUGGAUCUGAAUAAAAUUGUGCGAAGAAAAUAAUAAUCAAAUUUGCGAGAGAAUUAGCAAAAUGUCAGAAUCAACGAGUGGUCUACAACGUCUGUCCAAUAUACCUGACAUAAUGGAUUUAGUUAGACUUCUUCGUCAAAAUGGCGAUAAAGUUUUAAGUGCAUCGAGCAAACUAUCCUUAUCGACUACAUUACUUUACAACUUAAAUGAAGCGUUUUUAUUGAUCGUGGACGACGCGGAAGACUUAGAAUCUUCCUUUCAAGUUUGCAAUAGUUCCAAAAUAGACUUAUUCAGAGAUCUGAAAUUUUUACAUGACUUUGUACAAAAAACAGUUGGUCUAAAACUGACUCAUUACUCCGGCAAUGCCAAAGUUCAUAUUGAUAUUACCAAAUUUAGAUGUUUGAAAUACCUGGAGUUAAAAAAAGUUUGUAUCGCUCUAGUGAAAGGAAUACAAGGUAUUAGAGGCCAGUUAGAAAGUAUUACGUGCGCUGGAAGACAGGGUGUUACUACCGUAGCGCAAUUAUUAGUGACAUGUGGUGGCGAUGCUGGGGCAGGAUUUGUAUGGGGUUCUUUGAGGCAUUUAUCAUUAGCUCAUAAUGCUCUUGAAAAAUUAGAUAGAUCCUUUGAAUUAACACCAUGGCUACAAAUAUUAGAUUUGAGUCAUAAUUUGCUAACAAGUGCAGCAGAGCUUGAUUGUUUGCCUAAUCUAAAAUAUGUAAAUCUCGGAUAUAACAAAUUGGAAAUGGUUCCUGCCUUUAAUAAAUCCGCGACGCAUUCUCUUCAAAUAUUAGUUUUAAAAAAUAAUUACAUCGAAGACAUCAGUGGUUUACAAGGAUUGGAAUGUUUAACCGAGAUAGAUUUAUCAUUCAACUGCUUAACGGAACAUUCUGUCUUGUGGCCUAUUGAAAGAAUGUCAGCAUUGUUAUGGAUAUCUUUAGAAGGAAAUCCGUUGUCGUAUCAUCCAAAACAUCGAUUAUUUUCCAUAAAACAUUUUCAUCCAUGUUUGAUCGAUAAUAAGUUUGUUUUAGAUCAUUGGCCUUUGUCAAAAUCGGAAAAAAUGCUUGUAGGAGACAAUCGUGUCUUUCCUAUUAGAAAUAUAAAGUCUAGUGGGUCUAGAGAAAACUUUGUUUCUCUGUCAAAUUCAGCUACUUCUGAUAAUACACUUUCAUCUCUUGAUUCUUCUAUUUCUCAAGAUUUCCUGAUCAAAAAUCGGGGAUCAGAUAUAAGUGCUAGAGUGGAAAAAAGUUUCAUAAAAAAUAAAAAAAAGACGAACGUAAAGGAAGCUGUUAUCGCGGAAGAAGAUCAUGAAAAAAAAGAUUCAAUAAAUAAAUCAGAUGUAUUAUCCUCUUCGCAUUUAGAGACCAAGAAACAAAUAUUAGCAUUACGAGAGAAAUUUGGUGAAGUAAAUUGGCUAAGCAGUCAAGCUGGAACCUUCGUUCAAGAUAUUAUGGGUCUGCAAUCAUCAUCAUCAUCUACGAUUAAAUAUCACGAUGAUACAAAUUCAAUAUCAUCUGAGGACAAUAUUGAUUUAAUAUCCUCGAUAGAAAAUAAAGAUUUGGAUCAUACGAAUUCAGAAAAUGUAACAAAUCAUAUUGCCGUAAAUUGUAAGGAUAAUGGAAAUGCUGAUAAAGUAGAAGAAAUGCACGAUAACGAAGAACUGAAUAGUGAAUUGAUAACUCCUCUUGAAAAUCCUGCUAAUGCUUUGUUUGAUCUCGAAUUAGAGAAGGGUGAUCUGUAUUUAGUACAAAAUAGGAAAAACUUGAAUGAGAUGGAAGAAUUAUUUUUAGAAUUAACAUCCGAUGAUAUCAAAGAAAGAGAUACUAUAACUGGAAAAGUAAAAUAUUCUUGGUCAAUUGCUUCUGUCCUGUCGUGUGUAUUAGGAAGAGGUGAAACAAGUACGGUAGACAUUAUAUUUGAUACAAAACGUAAAGAUAAACAAAAUAGAAGAUAUUUUAUAGAAUUGGAGGAUGCAAAGAAAAUUGUGUCAACGAUCAGCGAGAAAAUGAGUGCACAUCCUAUAUUGUUAAAAGUUUAUAAAUGUAUGAAGUGUUCCACGCAUUUCUCUCAUGAUGAAGAGUAUGCAGCCAUUACGUAUACGUCUGCAACUGCUAUUAAACAAUUGAAGUGUCCUACAUGCGCAAGUACAUUAGUUAUAGAAACAAAUGAAUUGUCAGAAAUGCAUUCUGAAAAUGAAGCCACUUCUGUACAUAAUAACAAAUAUAUGGAAAUGCCUGAAAGGGUUGAUUUGCAACAUUCCGAAUCGGUUUCUAGUAUUGGUGCAGGUGGAACAGAGGGUGGAGCUAUAUUCGUCACCACUUCUCUGGUGCACUACGACUCUCACCCCCAAGCCCAAGUCUGCUGUUCGGCAACUAGUUUAGAAGAAUCGAGAGAAUCAACGCCUUCGAUAAGUGCAUUAAUUAAAAAAUACGAAAGUGAUAUAGAAAUACUUAGUAACCCAAGUCAAAGUAGCAUCGAAGUUUUGGAUGAGGCUUCAAAAGCAAAUUUAACUCCUCAUAGAAAGAAAUCGUCGGAAGAAAAAUCCGUUAGCAUUGCUCCUUCACUUCUAACAAUUACAGAUGCGAUUGGUCCAGUUAUGGUUGGAUUAACCGAAAGUAGUUCCUCAGGUUCAUUAACUGAUAGUAUCUGUACAGCAUAUGAAAAUAGAAACGUUAAGAAAUUUAAUAACAAUGAAAUAAAUACCGAAAAAGAACUUGUACCUGCCACAAAUAUAUCUACGAUGCUUGGAGAACUCUUACAGAGUAUAAAAAUAGGAAGUAAUAAAUCUUUACUAAUAAAGACUGAGGAAGAAUCAAGUUCUUUAAAUAGCAACGUGCAAUAUUCUUAUACAGAUUUCACUAGUGUUGAUCAUAGAGUGAAGCUUCAUAUAAUUUUAAAUGUCUUUGAAUAUGAAAGCGAAGAACUCGCUUUCCUUCUUAGGGCCGAUAUAUUGAUGCACAGUUUAAAGGAGGUAUUUCCAGGAUGUUUAGUUUUAUCUACAUCAAAGAUUUAUAUCCUUAAAAUUAAUGGACCAGAAGGGGAGGAUCCACAGCGUUGGUUGCACAAAGAAUGCAGCUGGGCUAUAGAUAAAUUGAAAUCUAUUGCGCCAUUGCCAUUUAAACAAGGCAUUUUAAUAGAGUUAGAACAGCCUACGAAAAUAAACGAAGAAUAUGUCAACAUUAGUUUCUUAUGCAUACUGCAAGAUUUUCAGAGAACGUCGAAUUUUUUAUUUUAUUUAACAGAUCCUCCACUACCUGCUAAUUGCAAAAUUGAAUUUUCUGUACCAGAACAUUGUAGUACUUUAAUGCACAGUUUGUUAUCACGUAUUAAAAAAGAUGAAAAUGAUGAUGACGCUGUCAGAAUAUUAGCGCUUUAUUCUUCUGCAGUACUGAAAUAUCAUAACAUUACUACAAUGUCACAGUAUUCUGGAUUAUUGGUAACAGCAUCCACGUUAGUAAUAUUAGAAGAUAAUAUGCAAUGGCUUUUACCAAAUACUAAAGUAGUGCCGGUAGUAUUGAAAGAACAAACUAUGAGUAAUUUAAUGGGGAUCGAACACUACGAUACAAUGCUGAUUUUAAAUUUUUUAAACGAGAUAGUCGGCUCGGAAGAAACUUGGACCUUGGAAUUUAAUUCUACAGGUGCUGUCGAGGCUGUCAUUAAUUCAAUACAAUCACCAUGGGAGGAACUAUUUUCAGUACCUCUACAAAUUACUACUAAAUCGAUACUGAAUAGUGAACAAUCGUAAAGCAGAUCAUUUCUAUCUACUAAUUUUUGAUUUAUAAUAAUGAUAAAACAAUGUGCUACGGCACAAAAUAUGAUGAUAAAACUAUCGCAAAUCAUUUGAAAUGACGCUGUAGAAUUUUUAAAACUGAAAUUAGAUGAAAGAUAUCAUUGGAAGAAAUUUAUAUCUAUAUCAUUGUUACAAUUAUUAAUAUUCUUCUCUUAUUCUUUAGUAUAUAAAGAUUUUCAUUUGAAAUAUGUAUAUAAGAUGAUGUAUCUUUGAUCUUCAAUCAUCAGGAUUUCACAAAGAGUUUGCUACUAAUUAAUAUAUUCUUCGUAUUUCGAUCUUCGAUACGUAAAAGUCAAAUAUUUACACGUAAGUCGCUGAUAUAUAUUGCUUAAAAUAUUUUUAAUAGUAAUUUUGUAAAUUUUUCAACAUUUCUUGCAUUCUUGACGAUGUAUUAUACAUGUCCAAAGAUCCAUAGAAUAAGACGAUGUGGUAUUUAUUCCAAUAUAUUAGGCAAUGAAAUCAAAUAUCCUAAAAUCAAUUGAAUUUCAUGUUUCUU